UUCACAACCACACAAAGAAAAGAAAUUUUCAUCAUUCAAUUUAUAUCAGUUCGAAUCGAGUACUUAUAAAAAAGUCGAACAUAUACUCACUUCGUUUGAGAACGCAUUGAAUUUUUUAACAACGAUAAAGAAAAAAAUUUCUAGUUAAAAACCGAAUUCUUCAGUUCAGUCAACUACGUGUAAAAAUAAAAAAACUGAGAACAAAAAAUAUAAUUUUAAGUUUUGCUUCUGUCAAAUAAAAACCUUUGCUUUUCGUGAAGAACGUUUAAUUUGCAAAUAGUUUCCCGUAUUUUUGGCGUUAGAAUUUUAUUAGAGUUAUCGUAUGUCCAUUCAAAAUUUGAAUACUUUUGACCCCUUUGCUGAUGCAAUCAAGGGUGCUGAUGAUGAUGUACAAGACGGCCUUGUGCACAUAAGAAUUCAACAGCGCAAUGGUCGCAAAACAUUAACUACUGUACAGGGUUUAUCAUCUGAAUAUGACCUGAAGAAAAUUGUGCGGUCAUGUAAAAAGGAAUUUGCAUGUAAUGGCACUGUAAUUGAACAUCCCGAAUACGGUGAAGUUCUACAGCUACAGGGUGACCAGCGUGAAAAUAUUUGUCAGUGGUUAACAAAGUCCGGCUUAGCCAAACCUGAUCAAUUGAAAGUGCACGGCUUCUAAACUAACGGAACAAAAAUAAAAAAUAAGUAAAUCAAACAAAUACGCAACAACAUCAAUAAAAUAAUAAGAACAUUAAACAAACUCUUACCGUGAAGAAGAAGUAGUAGACGAGCAAAAACAAAGGAAGGAAAGAACUUGUUCAGGUUCCAAAAA